AUGGCGAAGACUUUGAGGAUAAAGUAUAAACAUCUGAAAUUUGGGGUGUGUGAUGGCGAAGACUUUGAAGAUAAACAUCAGUACAAAAGACUUGUUGAAAAACUUAUUUAUCUGACUGUCACUUGUCCUGAUAUUUCUUUUGCUGUUGGAGUCAUCAGUCCAUUUAUGGAGAAUCCUAAAUGUGCUCAUUGGGAUGCUUAUCGCAUUUUGAGGUAUCUUAAGGGUGCUCCUGGCAAAGGUCUUCUUUAUCAUCGCCAUGGUCAAACUAAUGUUGUGGGUUAUUGGGAUGCUGAUUGGGCUGGUGCUACAAAUGAUCGUCGAUCAACUCCUGGAUAUUGUACAUUUGGUGGUGGUAUUCUUGUAUCUAGGAGGAGUUAA